GGGAGGAGCCUGCGCCUGGCCCGCGGCGGGGACGCAAAGUGAAACUCCUGGAAGUUGCGGGCGCUCGGGGAGCCGCGCCGGGCCGCGCGCCGAUGGCUCUGAGCAAGGCGCUGCGGCUGCUCCGGCGGCUGGAGGCCUCGGGGGAAAGCAGCGUCCUGCUGGAGGCGCGCGGCCGCAGGGACUGCCUGCUCUUCGAGGCCGGCACGGUGGCCACGCUCGCCCCGGAAGAAAAGGAGGUCAUUAAAGGCCAGUACGGGAAGCUCACCGAUGCUUACGGCUGCCUAGGGGAGCUCAGGCUGAAGUCCGGUGGCACCUCCCUGAGCUUCCUGGUUCUGGUGACAGGCUGCACAUCCGUGGGCAGAAUCCCAGAGGCCGAGAUCUACAAAAUCACCGCCACCGACUUUUACCCUCUCCAGGAAGAGGCCAAGGAGGAGGACCGCCUCGCGGCCUUGCGGAAGAUCCUCAGCUCGGGGGCCUUCUACUUCUCCUGUCCCAACGAUGGGUCUUGCUUCGACCUCACCGUCCGAGCGCAGAAGCAGGGCGACGACAGCUCCGAGUGGGGGAACUCCUUCUUCUGGAACCAGCUGCUGCACGUGCCCCUGAGGCAGCACCAGGUGAACUGCUGUGACUGGCUGCUGAAGGUCAUCUGCGGGGUGGUGGCCAUCCGCACGGUGUAUGCCUCUCACAAGCAGGCCAAGGCCUGCCUCAUCUCCCGCAUCAGCUGCGAGCGUGCCGGCGCUCGCUUCCACACCCGCGGCGUGAACGACGACGGCCACGUGUCCAACUUCGUGGAGACGGAGCAGACGAUUUACAUGGAUGAUGGCGCGUCCUCUUUUGUCCAGAUCCGAGGCUCCGUUCCGCUGUUUUGGGAGCAGCCAGGGCUUCAGGUUGGCUCCCAUCAUCUGAGACUCAGCAGAGGCCUGGAGGCCAGCGCCCCUGCCUUCGACAGGCAUAUGGUGCUUCUGAAGGAGCAAUACGGGAAGCAGGUGGUCGUGAACCUGCUGGGCAGCAGAGGCGGAGAGGAGGUGCUCAACAGAGCCUUUAAGAAGCUGCUCUGGGCUUCCUGCCACGCCGGUGACACGCCUAUGAUCAACUUUGACUUCCAUCAGUUUGCCAAAGGCGGGAAGCUCGAGAAAUUGGAGAACCUCCUGCGGCCCCACUUGAAGCUGCACUGGGAUGAGUUUGACGUGUUCACCAGGGGCGAGAAUGUAAGUCCACGUUUUCAGAAAGGCACUUUGCGGAUGAACUGUCUCGACUGCCUGGACCGAACCAACGCAGUGCAAAGCUUCAUCGCCCUCGAGGUCCUCCAUCUGCAGCUCAAGAGCCUUGGGCUGAACUCAAGGCCCAUCGCUGACCGCUUCGUGGAGUCCUUCAAGGCCAUGUGGUCUCUGAACGGGCACAGCCUGAGCAAGAUGUUCACAGGCAGCCGGGCCCUGGAGGGGAAGGCCAAGGUGGGCAAGCUGAAGGACGGGGCCCGGUCCGUGUCUCGCACAAUCCAGUCCAACUUCUUCGACGGGGUGAAGCAGGAGGCCAUCAAGCUGCUGCUGGUUGGCGACGUCUACAGCGAGGAGUCUGCGGACAAGGGGAGGAUGCUGCUGGACAACCCAGCCCUGUUGGUGACUCCCAAGAUCCUAAAUGCCAUGUCGGAGCGCCAGUCGGAGUUCACGAAUUUCAAGCCGGUGCAUGUGGCUGUGGGCACGUGGAACGUGAACGGCGGGAAGCAGUUCAGGAGUAACCUGCUGGGCACGGCCGAGCUGGCCGACUGGCUGCUGGACACGCCCUCGCUGUGCCGAGUCGCAGGACCCCCGGAUGACACCGGCAGCCCAGCUGACAUAUUUGCCGUGGGGUUCGAAGAGAUGGUGGAGCUGAGUGCGGGGAACAUCGUCAACGCCAGUACCACCAACAGGAAGAUGUGGGGUGAGCAGCUCCAGAAGGCCAUCUCGCGCGCUCAUCGGUACAUUCUCUUGACUUCAGCGCAGCUGGUGGGCGUCUGUCUUUACAUCUUUGUGCGUCCACACCACAUCCCCUUCAUCAGGGACGUGGCGAUCGACACGGUGAAGACGGGCAUGGGCGGGAAGGCGGGGAACAAGGGCGCCGUGGCCAUCCGCUUCCAGUUCCACAGCACCAGCUUCUGCUUCGUCUGUUGCCACCUGACAGCCGGGCAGUCCCAGGUGAAGGAGCGGAACGAGGACUACAGGGAGAUCACCCAGAAGCUGAGCUUCCCCGUGGGAAGAAACGUUUUCUCUCACGAUUAUGUGUUUUGGUGUGGUGAUUUCAACUACCGCAUUGAUCUCACGUACGAAGAAGUCUUCUAUUUUGUUAAACGCCAGGACUGGAAGAGGCUUCUGGAAUUUGAUCAGCUACAGCUGCAGAAGUCAAGUGGAAAAAUUUUUAAAGACUUUCACGAGGGCACCAUCGACUUUGGACCCACCUACAAGUAUGAUGUGGGCUCCGCUGCCUACGACACCAGUGACAAGUGCCGCACCCCCGCCUGGACAGACAGGGUCCUGUGGUGGAGAAAGAGGUACCCUUCCGACAGAACAGCUGGAGAACUCAACCUUCUAGACAGCGAUCUGGACGCUGGCACCCAACUCAGACACACCUGGUCUCCUGGUGCCCUCAAGUAUUACGGCCGGGCAGAGCUGCAAGCGUCUGACCACAGACCUGUGCUGGCCAUCGUGGAGGUGGAAGUGCAAGAAGUCGAUGUGGGGGCUCGGGACAGGGUGUUCCAGGAAGUGUCCUCUUUCCAGGGCCCCCCGGAUGCCACGGUCGUCGUCAACCUGCAGUCACCAAGCUCAGAAGAGAAGGACGAGUUUCCUGAGGACGUGCGCCUAGAGCUCAUGCAGACCCUGGGGAAUUACGGCACAAUCGUGCUUGUCAGGAUCAACCGAGGGCAGAUGCUCGUGACUUUUGCCGACAGUCACUCAGCGCUCAGUGUCCUAGAUGUGGACGGAAUGAAGGUGAAGGGCCGAGCCGUGAAGAUCAGACCAAAGACCAAGGACUGGCUGAAAGGUUUGCAAGAGGAGAUCAUCCGAAAGCGGGACAGCGUGGCCUCCGUGUCCCCCACGGCCAACUCCUGUCUGCUGGAGGAGAACUUCGACUUCACGAGUCUGGACUAUGAGUCAGAAGGGGAUAUUCUCGAAGAUGAUGAAGACUAUCUGGCGGAUGAGCUGAGUCAGCCUGUGGUCUCAGACAGUGAUCCAGGGGGAGACGAGGUCUCCACUGCCCCCGGCUCCACCUCCGCGGCACCUCCCGCCAGGUCACCAACACUCGCCAAGAAGAAGCAGCGUCCAACCUACAAAGAUGAUGCCGACCUGGUGGAGUUAAAGCAGGAGCUGGAAGCAGUUGGGGACUUCCGCCACCGCUCUCCAAGCAGGUCUCUGUCGGUUCCCAGUCGGCCUCGGCCACCUCACCCACCGCAGAGACCCCCCCCUCCAACUGGUUUCAUGGUGAAAAAAUCAGCCUCGGAUGCCUCCAUCUCCUCUGGCACCCACGGGCAGUACUCGAUUUUGCAGACGGCAAAACUCCUGCCGGGAGCCCCUCAGCAAGCGCCCAAAGCAAGGACUGGGAUAAGUAAGCCUUAUAAUGUCAAGCAGAUCAAAACAACCAACGCUCAGGAGGCGGAAGCAGCCAUCCGAUGUCUCCUGGAAGCCAGAGGAGGUGUCCCAGGAGAAGCCCUAAAUGCUCCAGCCUUGAGGGACCAGGAAUCUUCCAAACCAGAGCCCACAGCGGGGGUGGCGCCUCUUCUGCCCCGUCGGCCCGCCCCCAGGGUUCCUGCCAUCAAGAAACCAACCUUGAGGAGGACAGGAAAGCCCGCGUCACCGGAAGAACAGCUUGGGCAUCAGGCCGUCCAUUUUACAAUCGGGCCCCCGGAGUUGAGCCCUGACACCCCUCCACUAGCGACAGUCCCUCCGGUUCCCAAACCGAGAACGUUUCAGCUGCGGAAAGGUGCCGCCAGGAAGGCCACUCCGGACGAGGCCCCGCCCACUCCGGAGGCCCCGCCCACUGCCACCCCGCCCACUCCGGAGGCCCCGCCCCUCGUGCCGCAGGUGCCCCCACGCAGGAAGAAGUCGGCGCCAGCGGCCUUCCACCUGCAGGUGCUGCAGAGCAGCUGCCAGCUUCUCCAGGGGCUCCCCUGCAGCGACGGUUCACCCACAGCCCCACCUGCUGGGGGUGCGCUAUCUCCACAGCCGGCUUUCCUGGGCAUUUCAUCAUCACCUGCAAGCCCCGAGGCUGAUGGCACCACGGACAGAAAAUCAGUGGGUGCCCCCCUUCUCGGUGACUAUCAGGAUCCCUUCUGGAGCCUCCUCCACCACCCUAACCUGUUGAAUAAUUCCUGGCUUUCCAAGAGCUCCGAUUCCUCGGACUCGGGGACUGGGAACCUCGGAAGGGUGCACUCAGCCCCGUUGCAAGUCAGUGCCUCACCAGCCCAGGAGCCGCCCCCGGAGCACAGACCAAAAGACUUUGGUACCUGGGUGACAAUCAGUGACAAGGACAAGAGAACGGUGCUGCAGGUGUUUGACCCACUGGCGAAAACCUGACGGGGAAUCCCAGGGCCGCUCCUCCGCAGGAUGCCUGCCUUCUCCCCUCGGCUCCACUUUACAGGGGGAAGGCCCACUGCCCUUAACCCCACGUGGAAAGAGGCAUUAGUUAAAGGCACACUGAAAACACAUGGGUACUCCUGUGUAGUUUACAAAACUUGUGUCUCUUCCUCCAUACGAUUAUUAUUCAGCCACCAAGAUAUGUUUUAUUGCAGACUUGAGCAUGUUCUCUCUCCUCUCAGGGUAUGAGAAACCUCCAGGCAGAUUCAGCCUGUGGAUUUUAGGAAAGGAAACCUAGCCCAUAAUGCCCAGGAAGCUCCUUCCCACCGAAUUUUAAAUGAUUGUUUAAAUUAUGUGUGUAUGUGGUGUGGUUUUUAGAAAAAUAUUGUUUGCAGCUUACAGAUUUGGAAUAACUUUUUGGUGACCCACUGAAGGUUGAUGUGUACAAGAUUACACUAGAAGGUGGUUGGGACCAUUGUGAGCUGGACCUGGCCAACACCAGGUUAAAAAAAAAAAUACGAGAGUAGGAAGCAGCAAAUAGGUCCACCAAAAGACAAGACUGUCAUUCCCAGCAGCCCUUGUGUUUGUUAAUGUACAUGUAUAUUAACCACUGUGGUGUGCAGGUCUUAGGGGAGAUGGUGGCAUUCCCUGGAUCAUCUAGCUUCACCCGAGCUCCAGCUGGCUAGAGCCUCCUGUACCAUGUCUUAGACUUGGCAUGUCCCAUGUCUUAGACUUUGCAUGUCCCAUAAAUUGCUGCAGUCCUAAUCUCUGGUGUGCUACUCAUUGUUCACACUCUCUAUUCCCUAUUGAAUAAAACCUCAUGGACUUCUC